ACCUCUGCCAGGGAGCGCCGGGUCAGCUGUGGGCGAACGCCCGGGCGGGCAGGCUGGCUGGCUGGCAGGCAGGCAGGCAGGCAGGGCGCGUCGCAGGGAACCGCUGGUGGCAGCAGCUGGUGGCUGCCCUCCUUCUUCCAGGGCUGGAAGGGGACGAGGGACUCUUGCUGCGGAACCCCCGCCGGCCCUCCGGACAGCACCCCCAGGCAUGAGAAAACUGGACUGGCAGACUUCUUUGAUGGAAGGCAACUGAUACUGGAAUGUUCUCCAAUGUGCUAUUGAAACCCUUUGCAACACUCACCAUUGAGUGAACCAUUUGGACCACUCAUGCAAAUGGCUCACACUUCCCCCCUUCCCACUUUCACUCAGACCAAGAAGAGUAGGAAGACUUUCAUGGAGAAACAUUUUCAUCGUUUCACCAACCAGCUCUGAGGGUGUCCUGGUCAGAUUCAGGCUUUGCAGCACCAACCGGACCCUCCAAAAGGUCCUUCUGCCAGGCAGCCUAGCCUGAAUUCUUGGCACUUGUCUCUUCAGACAGCUUCCGUGUCGAUGACCAGCUCACUGGUCUAGUUGUACAUCUGAAGUGCCGGCCUUUGGACUGGAUUGUGGAACAUCAAAGGGAAGAUGCUGGACCUCAGUUUUCUGACCGAGGAAGAGUACAGCAAGCUGAUGAGAGUGCUGCAGAGGGAUGCAGAGCUCAAGAAAAAGGACAGUGAUCGGAUCAGGCGAUUGCAAGAUUCGCUGAGGGAUGAAAAGAAGAAGAAGUUUGUGACGGGCGAAUGGUUCCACGAAGCGAAGGCCCAGCGAUUCCGAGAAGAUUUAGAAGGCUCAGAUCUACUGCGAGCUUCGAUUAGGAAAAAAAACAGCCAUUCUGACGGUACAGAUAAUGAACUCAUCCCCCAAAUCGCGGAAGGUGGACAGGCGGUGUUGCCCACAGAUGUAGCUGUUUUGUCUUCGCCUCUCUCAAAAGAAGGAAGGUUGUGUGAACCUGGUUCGAAUUGUGCAGAACGGCAACUAGUCAAGUCAAAACCAAGAGUGAAACUGUCGACCCGACCCUCAUCUUUAGAAAAGAAAUCCAGUGUAGAAGAUAUAUCUCCAGCAGACAGUGGCAUUGUGGUCAGUCCAUUUGCAGCAACAAGGGAAAACUCAGAAGUUGGGUUUGAGCUCUCACCAGGUAGCUCCACCAAGCUUCUUGAUGAGUUCUCUUACUCAGUGGGAGAUUGUGUUACUAAAGUUGCGGAAGAUAUCCCUGAUGGUGUUAAAGAACUCGGAGGAUUUCAACCAGCUCUGCAAAGAGAAGUCAACCCACCUAGCAGAAUACCAGUUAACAGAAAAUCAAGCAAACCAUUAUUCUCUCCCAACUUCACCAACAGUGACGGAGCUAAAAAAUCUGGGCUGGGUUUAGAGAAGACACAAGUCUUGAAGAGUUUCAAAUUUCCACCUGCAGGAGAGGAAAAUGGUCCUCCACUGAUUCCGGAUGCCAAUCGCAUUAUCAUUUCAUCUGUCAAUACCAAGGAUGACGAAAUUGGUGUCGAUCAUGCACACUUCAAGAACUUGAAAAACUUUUGGGAGAAAGGAGGCGAGUCUCUCUUGGCUAACGAUACAGUGGAAAAAUCAGUGGAAAAAGCCAACCCCAUAGCUGUCAAUGGGAGGCCAUCCAGACUGAACCAAUCUCUCUCAGCCCAGUCCAGUCAAGGCCAGACCAGUGACGACAAGCUUAGUUCCAACAUGAACACUAAAACCAGAAUCGUCUGCAACAGAUCAGUGACCUUGUCUUCCAGUGAAGAUGAGCCCGUUUAUACCAGCCCACCAAGGAAAGGAUCAGGCUCCUACAUCCCCAGAUCAUCCUAUGGCAGACGCAAAGGUUCAAUGGGAAGUCGGAACCAUCUAAGUGAGGGUAAUGGGAAACAGUCUUCAGUAGAAGAAGAAAGGAAAGUCCAGCGUUCCACCAAGAGAUCAAAAUUGCCUAUUUGGGUACCUUCGGUCAAAAUAGAGACGCCCAUCAAAGGACAGACAGGGAUCAUAUAUGAGCCAGAGAUUCCUGCUGAUGAGUUUGUCAUGAUCGAAGAAAACAAACGCAAGAUGGAUUCCUUGGCAGGAAGGGUUCAGAUCUUGAUUGAAUCCGUACCAUCGGAGGAGAUGGAUCCAGAGGAUGAUGUUGUAGGAAGAUGUCCUGAUUUGGACAAUCUGGAAACAAAGGAGAUCCUGCAUGAAGCUGAACUCUGUAGUUUUAUGGAGGACCUUCCAGAAAAUGAAGUGGAUGAUGAAAAUCAAGAUACUCAAGAAGUGGAUAAUUAUGUGCCUUCAGAAGGCGAGAUCCCUCCUGCCCCUGUUUUCAAGAAAAUAAGACGCACCAAUGGCUGCAAUCUUGCAAAAAGCAUGGUCAACCUUUACACAACCACUGAAACUUACACCAAGCCUCAGGUGUUGAGUCAUCAGUAUCUUGAGCCUGAAAGAGCCAAAGAGCUCAGCAGAUCCUCUCCUUUUCUCCUCUCUGAGACAGAAUCAGACACAGCUUCAGAAAUCAGCUUCCAGUUCAACAGGCCCAAGAAGACAUCAAGUGUGGGCAGCCAUUCCUCUGAUAUGGCGUCUGUUUCUUCGGUGAGUGGCAGUGUCUUGAGUGUGUACAGUGGUGAUUUUGGGAGUGUCGAUGCCCAGGGGUUGGUCCAGUUUGCCUUGGAUUAUGAUGAGAAGAACCAAGAAUUCCAAAUUUUUGUUUCCCAGUGCAAAGAUUUGGCAAUUGUGGAUGAAAAGAAAGGAAGGACAGACCCGUACGUGAAAACAUACCUGCUUCCAGAUAAGGCAAGGAUGGGCAAGAGAAAAACAUCAGUGAAGAAAAGAACAAUCAGCCCCGUUUAUAACGAGGUGUUGCGGUAUAAAAUACAGAAAAUGGUUUUGCUGAUUCAAAAGUUGAACCUGUCUGUGUGGCACAACGAUCCCUUGGGAAGGAACAGUUUCUUAGGCGAGAUGGAAAUUGACUUGGCCAGCUGGGACUGGAGAAACAAUAAAUUAAACUGGUACAUGCUCAAACCACGGAGCCUCUCCGCCAUCAAUGGCGUUGACCAUCGAGGGGUGAUGAAUCUUUCCAUCAAAUACGUGCCACCAGGAAGUCUAGCAGGCCGCAAAAAUCCCCCAUCUGGAGAGGUUCAUAUCUGGGUGAAGGAUACCAAAGAUCUCCCACAGUUACGCCCUUCUGGAGUAGAUUCCUUUGUGAAAUGCUACGUGCUUCCAGACACCAGCAAGAAAAGUUAUCAAAAAACCCGAAUUGUCAAGAGAGACUCCAACCCUGUCUUCAACCACACCAUUGUAUAUGAUGGAUUUCACACGGAAGACCUGAAGGAUGCCUGCGUGGAACUGACGGUCUGGGAUCAUGAAAAAUUGACGAAUCACUUUCUCGGAGGGAUCCGACUAGGACUCGGCACAGGCUUCAGCUAUGGAAUUGCUGUCGACUGGAUGGAUUCCACACAAGAGGAAGUAGCAUUCUGGCAGGAAAUGAUGUCGACGCCCAAUGAAUGGAUCGAAGGCUCACUCCUCUUGCGCUCCUUGGCUGGGAAAAGCAAGUUGAAGUGACACUUCUGCGGUUCAGCUACGUGGCAGGGAGAACAUGCAGAGGCCAGGUGUGGUUUGUUGUCAGGUACAUAAGAAUGCAUAAGCUACUUCAAGGGAGCCAAAAAUUAAGGACGCCACUGAGCCAAAGAAAGAUUUCAAGAGGAAAGGUGCAGGCAUCACACCUCGCUUCAACUCAUAAGGCAGGGAAGAGCUACACCAUACCUCAGUGGUACAGAUGUUCUUUGACUUAAAGAGCCAGGAGGCAGGGCUGAAGAGGUGGAGAUGGGGGAUGGGGGUGUUAAAUUACUAAUGCAACCACUUUUUGCUUUUCUGCACAUGUGAAACUGAACUAAAAUUGCGGGUAGCAAAAGCCUCCACCAACAAACUCGCUAUGCACCUCUUAAAAACUUUCCACUGGGAUGAAACUGUUGGAGACGAAUGACUUUUUUCCAAGCUAAAGAAGGAGACCAUGUCUAGGUGAUGCUCUCAAGCACCUGGAUGGGAUCAUGGACUUUUAACAAACCCUUUAAGGUCUUCUAGGUCAACCCUGCUCAUUGGAAGAAUCAAGAUUAUAGUGUUCCUGACAGAUGGCUGUCUAGCCUCACCUUGGACAGCUCCAACAAAUGGUGAGGUCUCUUGGUCAUUCUUUCUGCUGCUCUUUACUGUUAUGAAACUUGUUCUGAAAUUCAGUCAAGCCUCUGCCUGCUAUGAUUUCCUGUCUAACUCUUUGGAACCCAAGAGAACAAGCCAGUCAUCUGUCAAAGCUUCUGGCAAUUGGUGAACACUUGCCUUUUGGUAAGUGAGUGAAGGGAUAAUACGACGUAUGUGACAGAGGAACUUGGAGAGUUAAACAGAACUUGUAGACUUUUCAGUUUUAUUUAAGAGGAUUUUAACUUUCCACUUGCCAUUUAAAUCAGUACAUUCCUUUUCAGCAUGAUUUCAAAGCUAAAGGUAGCAUUUUAUCAGCCUGGUGGUUUUUUUUUAAUGCAUUGGCUGUGAUAAAUCUGCUCAUUGUGAGCUGGAAACUCUUUUUAAUGAAUGGCUGGUCAGCCUCUGCUGGCCCUUAUUUUUAAGCAUACUUUUAAAACAACACUUCAUGCUCUAUGUUUACUAUACCUCUCCAUAAUACAACCCCGUAUUAUGAACUGUGGUUAUCUAAAAAGACUGUUCUUGGGAUAAUACUUUAUGUAACUUGAUGAAAUGGACUACGGUCCAUACAACGUCAUGCCAUAAUAAAUGUGUUAGUCUUUAAGAUGACACCAAGUGUCUUGGUAUAUAUCAAUGAAUAUUCAAUCAUCCAGGCCAAAGAUGUUAAAUAGCUGAUA